UUGCACAACAAACAAAAGGAAGGCGCCACCUAGUGGCACUAUAUGUUAUAGACCUGACUGUUACAAUACCUACUCGAAGAAAACAAAACCAUCCGAUGCAUCCUCGAUGAAACCAUGGACCUAUCAAAGAAUGAUGAAACCAUAGAUAUAUAUAUAUAUCUAUGGAUGAAACGGCCAAUUGAAGAACGCGUCGAGAACACUUCCGGGUUUUACGACAGUACUUGACUUGAUGCGUACUUUGAAUUGGUACAGUAGGCCUACUUGGGCUACUGAUGGCGUUUCACAAGAAAGCAAAUACACAAGUACAGAAAAUAACGCGAAUUGAGAAACAUCUCAUGUUCCUGGCAGCCAUGUUAUGAGUGGAAGCCUGCACAUGUAUUUCUUCAAUAUUAUACAAUCAGUAUUGCACCCCAACAUGGAAUUAUACAGCUUCUAGUGCAGACCUUCCAUUUGUACCUGAACGCACCAGUCCCAUGGUUGUACCAAAACGUUUAUCUCUAGGUUGGUCGUUUGAAAUAAUUUGGGGUAGCAAACAUUGUUUUUUUGUUUGCUAAGUUAACUUAUAAUCUAAUAGAUAUCUGAUCUGUGAAUUGAAUACAACGCAGACUACUGAGAAAUUAUGAAAUAGUAUUUAUACGAUACUUCCGAUUGCACUUGAAGGGAGCAUAAUUGCCAAGCGUCAGUAGCAUCAUAAUCACGCAUCCACGAAGGACACCGUUACUGAUGAUUGUGAUGCCUUUGUGAAGAAUGCAUGAAGCCUAUGCCGAAGAAGUCCUGCAGUUAGCAGCGAAGACUGAGCCCCCGAGACCUCUCUCCAGUCUGAAGCUGAUCUGCAUCCGUGUGGCUAGUCGACAUGUAGCUGACAUUGACGUGGACGCUCUCAUAGGGCUCCCUGUGUCUCUGAUAAAGGACCUUCUGCCUCAGCUGAGUAUAUAUGACCUCAUAAGGCUCCAGCCAGCCCUGAAUCAAAGAGGAAUAUCUACUCAAUCAGCCUGGGUUCUGAUACUACAAGACAUUAAAGGUGCCCACCGUGUUCUAGACUUGCAUUCAGAAGAUGGAAGUAAGCAGGAAGCAAUGGAUACAUGUUUUCAGUUAAUGUUUUAUGGCUUCAAAUACAAAGGGGUUGCCAAACAAAUUUUUAAUGUCAAUAUCACCACCUUGUUCUUGGUCAUGGCCAAGUACAUCAAACGAUUCUACCUUAGACCCUCCCAAUUCCUUCAAACAUUUGCCAAAGAGCAGAGAGCUCUGUUGACCAUUUUAGAGGGUAGUGUAGACAUUGUAGAUGUUAAACACCACAAAGAUUUGUUGAAAACUGAAUCGCAGUUUGCAUUAUAUGUGCUGCAUAGGCUCCUCGACCACGGGCAGGCCAAAGAGCUUAUCAUAUAUGGCCUAGAUCCAGCCAUGCUUAACUGGAUUCUUCAGGACAGGGGAUCUCGGCAUGCAGAUCAGCAGCUGACCUCUGUUCCCAGGUCAAGCUUAGUUGCAAACCCAACAGCAGCAGCUGACAAUAUUGCAACAUGCACAUAUGUUGAUCUGGAAAACGAGGAAGACGUUUCGCCGUGCAAACGCCCAAAGUUGGAUGACACAUUCCGGGAACGGGGGGCGGAAACACUGCAGUCCCCUGUGGAGCCAGAGCUGCUUUGUCAAGCCUUCGCUCUCUACGGCAGCUGUCUGACCGGCUCGUGUCCCCGUGGACAGAUCUGUUCAUUGCAGAUACGGGAGUGUGGAAGGAGCACACUCGGUGUGCUUGUUCCUUUUCUACCCACAUGGCUCUGCCUCCGUUCUCUGACUAUACAAAGCUGCUGGAUCUUCAGGGUGUCUGAGGUGAAGUCGUUGGCCAAAUCUCUCAAACAGCUGUGGCAGACAUCCAGGAGCUCCCUGGUGGAUCUGGGCAUGGCUGUCCUGCCCCAGAGCGCCCUCAUGGCGCUGCUGCUGGACGCCUGCCCUGGCCUGCAUUCACUGUCCCUGGAGAUCCAUCCGCUGGAUGUGGAUCCCGGACCACAUGGAUCUGGGAUGACCCAUGAGCCCACUUACCCCAAAGAGUUGUCUCUAAGGAAACUGUCUGUGAAAGUCCCCCAAGUGAUGGCAGACAUACACAGCAUUACAGCAGUGUUGAAGCACUCUCCCCAUCUCACGUCGCUUCACAUCUCCGGGAUCAGGCUGCCCAAUUCCUCUUCCCACCGGGAUCUCCUAACUAGCAUCUCAGAGUCCAACCAUCGCCUGCGAACUCUCCACUUGGAGGACCUUAACCUAGCUGAUUGCCACCAAGACAUCUUGAAUCUUCUGCGAAACUGCAUGUUGGAAGAGCUGUCGUUGAAGGAUUGCAGGCUGCUCGAAAGGUGCAGUGACAGAGAGUCCUAUUUACAACAAUUUAUAGAUUCCCUGAAGCAAGUGCGUUCCCUUCGGUCCCUCGACCUGUCGCAGAAUCGCCUCGCAAAGAGCGCCCCAACGCUUGCAGAGCUCUUCACGGGAUCGCCUGCCAGUGCGGUGAAAAGGCUGGACAUAAGCUCGAACUUUAUACAGCCAGCUGAGCUGUUGGAGUUGGGACAGCGGCUGCAGAUGCAUCCCCCACAGCAGCGACUGACCCUUGACCUCAGGAAGAACCCUUGGGACCGUGACCGAGAGACCUGGCAUGAUGCACUGCAGACACUUCGCCCACUCUGUGACUUUCAGACUGAUGGAUGGAAAUCCAGAAACACAAUGGCUGACCACAUAAGCAAUAUGUGAAACAAAACUGGUGGCCAAAUAUGUACUCCCCAAAAAACUUUUUGGAAAGACCUGUUUUGUAGAAAGACCAAUCAAAAUGGUUUCAGUUUUUUUGGAGAUAUUUCAAUGAGAAUGUGAGGAGCUAAGAAUCUGUAGCUCUCACAUCCACCCCUUGCCCCUUUUCUUAAAGUGUCCCAUGACAUGCCACCAGGUGUGGUGUGAUUAGCCGUUACAAGUCGUUUUGGAAAGCUGCCCCUUAUGACAUCACAGGUGGGCGUGUCCACCUAGAUGUGACAGAUAGAUGAGCAACGUUUGCUACAGUCCACUGGGUAGGCUGGUAGACUGAUCUAUCAAGCACACAUCUAGGUGGACACGCCCACCUGUGAUGUCAUAAGGGGCAGAUUUCCUAAACUGCUUGUAACGGCUAAUCACACCACACAAGGGGUAAAAAUGCAAUUAAUUGCUCACUCGUUUUUCUGUAAUGGAAUGGUACUCAGCAAUAAAACAUGAAUGUUGACAUA